AUGCAAGACCCCUCGGCAUCACGCCACUCUGUCUCCAGCCAGUCUGGAAAUGCGCCCCAGGGCCGGGCCUCCAUUUCAAGCCAAGGCGCGGGCACAGCCCCCCGCGCCUCCAAGGCGUCCCCACCGGUCUCCGUGCCCCUGGAAGCCAAGCCCAAAGCGUCCAACGUCCAUCGCAUGCGCCGGCUCAUCGCCGAGGACCCCGAGUGGUCCCUGGCCAUCGUGCCCCUCCUCACGGAGCUGUGCAUUCAGCACAUUGUGGCGAACUUCGAACGGAACCCUAUCCUGAAGGAGCUGCUCCCGGAGCACCAGCAGAAGGUCCUGAGCCGCCUGUCACCUGACCUGCCUCUGACGGUGACGGCCAACCUGAUCGAGGACGAGAGCUACUGGCGCUGCUGCUCCACCAAGCGCUGGCCCGUGUGCCACGUGGCCAGGCACGGAGGCAGCUGGAAGCGCAUGUUCUUCGAGAGACACCUGGAGAACAUGCUCCGACUCUUCAUCCCAGGCACCACGGACCCCGGCGUGAUCCUCGACCUCAUCCCCCUCUGCAGGAACUACGUCCGGCGGAUCCAGAUGGAUCAGUUCCUCCCACCCGUGCGCUUCCCACUGCCUCCCCGGGCCGGGGAGCAGUCCGACUCGGGCAGCGAGGGAGAGCUAGAGGAACCUGCCAUGGAUCACUACCAGCUGGGGAGCCUGGUGGCGGGCCUGUGCCACUUGGAGGAGCUGGACUUGGUGUACGGAGUUAAAGACUGCGGCAUGAACUUCGAGUGGAACCUCUUCCUCUUCACCUACCGAGAUUGCCACUUGCUGGCGGCCACCAUCAAAACAUGCCACACCCUCAAGGUCUUCAGGCUGACCCGGAGCAAGGUGGACGACGAGAAGGCCCGCAUUCUAAUCCGCAGCCUGCUGGACCACCCGGCACUGGAGGAGCUCGACCUGGCCCACAACCACAUCGGAGACCGCGGGGCCCGGGCGGCCGCCAAGCUCCUGAGCCACAGCCGCCUGCGCGUGCUCAACCUGGCCAACAACCAAGUGCGCGCGCCCGGGGCCCAGUCGCUGGCGCACGCCCUGGCGCACAACACCACCCUCCUCUCCCUCAACCUGCGCCUCAACUGCAUCGAGGACGAGGGCGGCCAGGCGCUGGCCCACGCCCUGCACUCCAACAAAUGCCUCACCACGCUGCACCUGGGCGGCAACGAGCUGUCGGAGCCCACGGCCACCCUCCUCGCGCAGGUGCUGCCGGUCAACACCACGCUCACCAGCAUCAACCUGUCCUGCAACCACAUCGGGCUGGACGGUGGGAAACAGCUUCUGGAAGGCAUGUCUGAAAACAAGACCCUCCUGGAAUUUGACUUGCGCCUGUCAGACGUGGCGCAGGAGAGCGAGUACCUCAUCGGCCAGGCCCUCCAUGCCAACCGAGAAGCCGCCCGCCAGCGGGGCGCGAACCCCGGCCACUUCAUCUCGCCCAUCCCGGCCAGCGGCCCCGAGACCUCCAUGGGCUAA